AUGACGGACGCCGAGGACACCGAAGAUAAGAGUUUACAGGUUAAACUAAAGCCUCGCAACUUGCUAACGACCGUGAUCACAUACUCCACUGCAGUGAAAGAAGACCAUAAUGUUCUUCAUGAACUUAGCUACCCAGCCAAGAGAGUUCAAUUUUACAAUCCUUUAUUUCGACACAGAAAGCUGAUCAGAGCGCUCGUCGGUCGCCAUCUCGGUCUGAAUUCUACGUACUCAUGUCACCUUGCGCAUACAAAUGAGCGGUUACAUGGAAGCUUUAACCUCUGCAUCCACGUGGAUGUACAUGGGAAAGACAAUGAGUUAAAGCAACAAGUGAUGAUUCGAUUCCCCUUACCAUAUCGGAUCGGGGAAGGCCCCUGUCCUGGAAAUUCGGAUGAAAAGAUUCGCUGUGAAGCUGGUACAUAUUGA